CUUUUGAACUUUUAUUGAGUGACGCGCUAAGAAAUUUAGAUGGUCCGUGCACAGCAACUGCGAAUUUUGGAAUCUUGAGACGAGCUUUGAAAUAUCAUUGUACUUACAGAGAGACUUUCAUUGCGCCAACUUCAAUUCUUCUCUUUUAUUGUCUUCUUCAAUCAUAAAUUUCCCAACCCUUAAAUCAAUAUACAAUACUCUCCAAACUUUUCAAAUUAUGUCGUACAAUCCUUAUGGUGGUAAGAUAACUCGUUGUCUUGGAGCUACUUCGUCUUUUACUCUUUGCUAAUGAUUGACUAUCUACAGCGUCGCCUUAUGGUAGACCGCCAGGAUUUGGUGGUUUCCCAGGUCAAAAUGGUUCCGCGCCGGGCAUGGGACCACCUCCAGGAAUGGGUAAGGGAAACUACAUGAAGUCUUGAUGCGUUUAACUUACCUGAACUGAAUAGGUCCUCCACCAGGCAUGUCUGCACCAGGUACUGCUCCUCCUCCUGGUUUACAGCAAGCCAACAAUCCACAGACUUCGCGACCCAGCGGAAUCCCAUCUAAUUUCCAACCUCCGCCCAAUAUGCCGAAUAUCAAUUUCAGUGCGCCUGUCAUUCGAUUAGGUACCGGUCCUGCGAAAUCCCUUACUCCCAUUUCAGCUAGUGGUUCGGGAAUGGAUCCUAUGUCUGUUGGAGGGUCAGAAAGAGCUACCGCUUAUACCUUAAAUGCGCAGAGACUAUCAACGAUGAGGGAAAAUAUCAUGUCUUUGGUGCCGCCUACGAAGGAAGAAAUCGUAAGAACGAUAUUUGUGGGAGGUAUUACGGAAGGUGUUGGUGGAGAUGAUGGGAUUGAGCGGAUUCUGAGCUCGGCUGGUAGAUUACGUAGAUGGGAUAGAGCCGUCGAUGGGGCUGGAAAGGAAUGCAGUUUUGGGUUUGCACAAUAUGACGACGCAGAAAGUUUGGCUACGGCGGUGGAAAUUUUGAAGGAUAUUGAGAUUCCGACCAAGAAACAACCACCAUAUGAUGGAUCAAAGAAGGAAGAGGAGGAGGUUGAGAAAAGCAAAUUAUUGGUUUUUGUGGAUGAUAAUUCUUUGAAUUAUUUGGAGAAUUAUCAGGCUUCAAAAGCUGAGGAUGCUACAGGCGACCAGACACGACUUGAUGCAGCGAAAAUGGGUUUGAAAGGAGUACUUUAUGAACUAUUUCGUCCACCCAUGUUUGUCAAGGCUGAAGAGAAUUCAGAGGAUACUGCUAUGCAGGAUUCUAAUGGGGGUGAUAACGUUGAAGUUGUUAAUAUUCCCUUGGCAGUAGACGAUGAACUUGCGGAUAUUCCAGCUGAGAUGAGAGAGACUGUUGCACAAGAAAUCGCUGCUUUCAGGGAUCGAAGUAAUAGACGAGACCUUGAACGCCUCAAGCGCGAAGAGGAAAUGGAGGCAUUGGAAAGGCAAAGAAAUGGUGCACCUCGACCCUCACGACUAGCUUCGCCAGGACCACAAAUUCCCAGUGGACCUUCUGCUGGUACGAAUAAUAUUCCUCUCGGCCCCAGAGGUGUACCUAACGCACCUUCGGGUCCUAAAUCACAGGGCCAACAGAUUCCACGAGACUAUCAAGCUGGUGUGAAAUUUGUUAAUGGAAGUGGUAUUAAUGGUGCAUCCGGCGGGGAUAUUUAUUAUAACCGUGAAGACGAGGAUAGUGAUGCGAGUGACGAAGAGCUUGAAAGGCGUCGAAAAGCCAAGAAAGAGGCAGAACUCGAGAAACAAUAUCUUGAUCAAGAACGACGCUGGCUUAAUCGUGAAAGAUCCCGCACAGCAGCUGUUCAAAGAGAAAAGGAACGUGAAGAUGAGGAUGCUGCUAAUGCAGAUGUUUUGAAACAAAAAAUGGCUGCAAGGCUCAAGGAAUGGGAUGAUGAUGCUGAGACUGCUCGGAAGACGGACCCAUAUUAUGUUGACCGAAGUCUUUGGCUUCGAAAUCGUGCGGCAUUUGUCCAACGUGAGGCUGCUGCAGAUGAACGAGAUAGAAUCAUGGAGCAACACGAGAGACGUCGCGAGUCAUCAGACAAGGAACAAGCUAGGGGAUUGGCAGAUUCAUUCCUUGAUCGUCAAGCUGAGGAACUUGAAACAAGAUCUACUCGCUUGGCUCAGCAACCCUUCAAGUUGUCUCUUGGAGCUGCGGCUCAGAAAGCCCAAAAAGCAGCGCCACCUCGCCGUACCGUGGCCGAAGUUGAAGGUCUCCUUGAGGAUGAAGAGGAAGCGGAUAAUGCAUCAAAACGUACACUUAUCCCCAUUAAAUUCGAUCCUUCAGCAGCAGCAGCUGGCCUUUCCGAUGAAGAACGUGACCAAGCGGUCCGACAACUUGCGCAAGAGAUACCUACUGAGAAAGAAGGACUUUGGGCAUGGGAUGUUAAGUGGGAUUUCGUGGAUGAUGCUGUGAUUGUGGAGAAAUUGAGGCCAUUCGUGGAAAAGAAAAUUGUGGAAUAUUUGGGUGUGCAGGAGCAGUUACUUGUAGAGGUGGUAGAGGAACAUAUUAGGACGAGGGGGAAGCCUCAAGAACUGGUGGAGCAAUUGGAAGGGGUAUGUCAUUUUGUUAUCUUGCUGCCUCAUGUUUUCAUAUGUGAAAUUUAUACUAACACUUUCAAUAGGCAUUGGAUGAAGAAGCAGAAGUUCUUGUGAAGAAGUUAUGGAGGAUGGUCAUAUUCUUUUCGGAAAGCGAAAAGAGGGGUCUUUCUGCAUAAUUUUCUGUCGCCCUACCAUGAUUAAGAGAAGUUUUGAUAAAUAGCUUUGAGGGAAUUGGGAGGAGGCAUAUGUAGGCGUCGGAAGCAAGUUACUACGGAUAGGGGUAGAUAUAAUUUGGCAUGAAAAGGGGCUUAAGUUGAUGGCGGAUUCUUGGCGAGGUCCUAUACUCCGUCUUCAUGAAACUUUCAGCAUGAGUAUAUCACCGCCAUUGUAGAUUAAAAGUUAAAAUAAAACGUCAAGGAAGUGCAUGUACGUACAAAUACAUGAUAUUUUUCAAAG